UUAAGUUUCAGCGUGAGUAGCUGAGGCCAUGGCGGCGCGCUGUGGUUUACGAACCUGCUACAGCGAAAGGUGGCGGGGGAGGAGAUAGGCGCAGAAAACUGGCUUGCCGCGGGAGAGCAUAGCGCUCUAGAGGGGCCGGGGACUUAACUUACGGACUUAUCGGCUGUGCCAUCUGCGCUCUUCAUUGUUCUAGAAAAGGCCUGAAGGGGGACUGAAACAAGAGGGCGCAGUUUGCAGGCUGUAAAGUGGGCCUUGCUAAUGAAUCUUAAUAAUAAAUAGUGCAGACUCUAGGCCAGGCAUUGUUCCCAGCUUCACGGUUAAAUCUUGCAACCACGCUGUAAGCUGAGCACUAUUAUUUGCACCCUUCAGAGGUGGAAACCACAGAGGUAGAGUCCUCAGAGACAGCUGUGGCUUUGGGAGUCAGUCUGGUUUUAGAGUCGGUCGGUGCUCUUCCCACCAUGCUCUGCCGCCUCCCAUUCUCGUUAAUUGUGACUUAAAGCUACUCAGCUUCGUAGGAAAUGGGGAGUGUUUUGUUACUUACAAUGGCUCCUUCAAAUGUAACAGUAGGUAACAGAACCGGCGUGGUGGCCCAUUAGAGCUUCACUUUAGGGCUUGCCAGAUUUAGAAGAGUCUGGAGAGUGGAGUAGUAUCAGGACGUGGAAUCUGGAGAGUGGAAGUGGUAUAAGGACCCUUAGAAGAUCUUCCAAGACCCCAGAUACUCAGUUUUACCUGACUUCUGCAUGUUGUCAUCUCGUGUACGCCUGGUCCCCACGACAGUCCGCCUAAUCCAUUCCCUGAUCUGCAGUUCUUCCCGUUCCUUCAUGGAUCUAAAGACUCUCCUUUCCUCCUUGAAUGACUUUGCAUCCCUCUCAUUUGCUGAGAGUUGGGACAAUGUUGGAUUACUGGUGGAACCAAGCCCACCACACACUGUAAACACGCUCUUCCUAACCAAUGAUUUGACAGAAGAAGUGAUGGAGGAGGCACUGCAGAAGAAGGCAGAUCUCAUUCUCUCCUACCAUCCACCCAUUUUCCGACCUAUGAAGCGCAUCACCUGGAAAACCUGGAAAGAGCGCCUGGUGAUCCGGGCACUGGAGAACAGAGUCGGGAUCUACUCUCCUCACACGGCCUAUGAUGCUGCUCCGCAGGGAGUCAACAACUGGCUGGCUAAAGGGCUUGGAGUUUGCACCUCCAGGCCCAUCCAUGCUUCCAGAGCUCCUGACUACCCCACGGAGGGAACACACAGAGUAGAAUUCAAUGUUACCCACACCCAAGACCUGGACAAAGUCAUUUCUGCAGUGAAAGGAAUUGCAGGUGUAUCUGUCACUUCUUUUUCUGCUAGGUCUGAUGAUGAAGAACAAACACGGCUCAGUCUGAAUUGUACUCAGCAAGCUUUAAUGCAGGUGGUGGCUUUUCUUUCCCAGAACAGACAAUAUUAUCAGAAGACUGAAAUUCUGUCACUGGAGAAGCCUCUGCUUCUACAUACUGGGAUGGGACGGUUAUGCACCCUGGAUGAGUCUGUCUCCUUGGCAACCAUGAUUGAGCAAAUCAAAAGGCACCUAAAACUGUCUCAUGUUCGCCUUGCUCUUGGAGUAGGGAAGACCUUAGAGUCCGCAGUCAAAGUCGUGGCCGUGUGUGCUGGUUCUGGGAGCAGUGUCCUUCAGGGAACAGAGGCCGACCUCUACCUCACAGGUGAGAUGUCCCAUCAUGAUGUUCUAGAUGCUGCUUCCCAAGGAAUAAAUGUGAUCCUCUGUGAACAUAGCAACACUGAACGAGGCUUUCUUUCUGAUCUUCGAGAUAUGCUGGAUGCUUACUUGGAGAAUAAGAUUAAUAUUAUCGUGUCAGAAAUAGACAGGGACCCUCUUCAUGUGGUAUAAUGCAUGCAGGAACAACCAGAUGACACAAUCUGCAAAUCGAACGGCUCCCAGCUCAAAUGCAUCACAUGAAUCAGUGGGGUAUCCUUCUGAAAGAAUGUCUUUGAAGGUACAUUAUCAUUUCUGGUUUCUUGAUCUGCUUCACCAGAUGUUCUGUAGCUCAGAAGGUAAAAACAAUAAUAUAAUUACCAUUAAAGAACAAUUAUUAUAAAGAACAAAUUAAAGAAUAUAUUGUAUAAUAUGUAUUCAUUAUAACCUCUAGGAAAGAUGGAGUAAACCUGUUUACUUAACAUUCUUGGGAAAUAUCAGUAGCUCAAGUAAUCAUCUCCUUAGCUUAAUUAUAGAUGGGAUGUGUCAUUCUAUAUCUCUCUGUCCUUAGUUAUUUUAAAAAUAUACUUUUCCAAAAAAUAUAUAUAUAUACAUAUAAACUUUAAAACUUGGGAUUAGAACACCUGUAUAUAGGUAGUAGCCUCUGGAGGGUGAUAAGGUCUAUCUGUAUGUUUCUGUUCCUAGAUCACUAACCUCCCACCUAAAUUUCAGAAUCAGGAUGAGAUUUAUCAGGAUGAGUUUUUUGGGUUUUUUUGGCCAUGCUGUGCCACAUGCAGGAUCUUAGUUCCCCGACCAGGGAUCAAACCAGUGCCCCCUGCAGUGGAAGCAUGGUGUCUUAACCACUGGACGGCCAGGGAAGUCCCUCAGGAUGAGUUUUGCUUUUUGUUUUAAAUAUACAUGAUCAUUAUUCAUGUAAUUAUUGCUUUAUUGCUUUUUAGGUAACUCACCUGUAAUUUUAUUAGUAAUGUAUUCAAUAUAAAGAUGGUUAACUUUCAAAAUAAUGUUAGUGAGUACUUAUACAGUAUUAAUUUUGUGCCAGGCACUCUUCUAGGUGCUUUAUAAACACUUUCAAUCCUUUAUAAACAAGCAUAUAAGUAUUGUUACUCCCAUUUUACAGAUGAGGAAACUGAAACAGAGGUUAAGUAGUUUGCCCAAGGCCACGUAGCUAGGAAGUAAUGGAGUUAGUUAGGACACAAACUCAGGCAGUCAGGCUCCAGAGCCUGUGUGCUUAACUACAGUGUAUCUUAAUCAAAUACAUUGAUGACAGAACUGAUAUAAGAGGUAUGGAAGAAAUCCUGAAGGGAAAAAAAAAUCCAUUUUAACUGUGAUUUUCUCUGGGGGGUAUGAUGAGAGGUUUUUUUUUUUUAAUAUAUAUAUAUAUA